UUCUCUCCCGGAGGCGACGACAACUCGCCGCAUUCUCUUCGGCGACCCACACCGGAGAACGCGCCCGCCGCUGCACCGCAUCUCAGUGAGUUCGACGCCGGUGCACCACGUACACCAACACCACUGCUGCACGCAUUCCAGUCGUCGUCGCCGUAGCCGUCGCACGUGUCCCGUCGUCGUCCGCCGACAGAAGGAGAUUUCGAGUUCUCGGCCGACUGAAUAUUUAUUUUUUUUUUUUAUCACGACGAUAUUAAAAUAUAAUAUACCGGAUUAGUUUUUAUUUUUUUUUUGGAAUACCUACUGUCCGUUUUUUAAAAAUUUUCGAUCCGCCGCCGUAUCACACCCGAACCCGCAGCAGCCGCAGCGGUUCGCGUGCAUACGUAAAAUGCGUAUUUUCGAAGAUCAACCGGCAACAAUGAUGCAUCACAAGUUGACUUCGAAGAAGAUGGAUUACUCGCACUGUCCGCUCAAGAAACGUCCCGUGCACUUUGUCAAAUGCGAGUACAUCAAAGACGAGAUGGAUUUCGACAACGCGGACGAAUGUUUGGAACCGGAAAACCUGAGCACUAAACCGCAAGACCUGAGCGUGAAAAUCAAAUCGGAACCGAUUGCGUCAGUGGUGGUGAAAAAAGAAUUGCCUCCGCCGUACGAACAGCACGAAAACGACGCGGCGCCUAUGCAGCCGUCGUCGUCUCCGUACUACAUCCCAAUCCCACAACAACAACAACAACAGGAGCAGCUACAGCAGCACCAACACCAACAGCAAAUGCGGCAGCAAGAUCAACAGCACCGCCAACUGCAACAGCAACAACAACCGUUCCAGCCGACGGCCGUCAAGGCCGGGCCGCUGGAACCGCUGUGCCUGAACAUCGCGGGCGACCACCACCCGGCCGCCGCGCAGGCCGCGGUCGCGGCGUACCAUCACCACCAUCACCGGCACUACGCGCCGGCCAUAACGCCGAGGCCCGUGCCCGCCCAGUACCCGAGUACCGGUUACCUGUCCGGUUACAUGUACCAGCACGGCGGCAGCGGCAGCGCGAUGUUGGUGGCCGACAGAGCGUACCCCGUGGCCGCAGCGGCCGCGUACCCGCCGGCCAUGAUGGCCGUGGCCAGAGACGCUUCCCUGUCGCCGCCCGGCACGGCGGGCCGCACCGGUUCCGCCUUCAAGCCGCUCAUGCAGCUCACGUCGCCCGGCGGCGCGGUGACGCCGAUGCGCAGCCCGCCGGCGGCGUUGCCGCUGAGCUGGUACGGACGUACCGCGGUCAGCGGCUGGUCGCCGUCGUCGGCGGAAGCCAUGGACGCGUCGCCGCCACUGCCUACGCCGUCGUCGGCGUCGUCAUCAGCGUCGGCCGUAUCGCCGGGCUACGGGCCGCCGCAGCCGUCGCACCAUCACCAGCACACCGUACCGGCGCCACAGCAGCAGUACCAACUGCAGUACUCGGGCGAGAGCGACGCGACCACCGCGUCGUCGUCCGCCGGCGGAGGAGACGUGACGGCCGUCAAGCGCAAGUCGUCCGGCGUCGCGGCCGCCGCGGCCCGGUACAAGUGCGCCGCGUGCGCGAAGACGUACUCGACCGUGUCCGGGCUGACCAAGCACCAGCAGUACCACUGCGCGGACGACGAGGCGCAGUGCGCCGCGGCCAAGACGUUCCGGUGCAAGUACUGCGACAAGGCGUACAACACGCUCGGCGCGCUCAAGAUGCACAUCCGCACGCACACGCUGCCUUGCAUCUGCAAGCUGUGCGGCAAGGCGUUCAGCCGGCCGUGGCUGCUGCAGGGCCACAUCCGCACGCACACCGGCGAGAAGCCGUUCUCGUGCCAGCACUGCAACCGGGCGUUCGCCGACCGGUCCAACUUGCGCGCCCACCUGCAGACCCACUCGGACGUGAAGAAGUACUCGUGCCCGACGUGCAGCAAGACGUUCAGCCGCAUGUCGCUGCUCACCAAGCACUGCGACACCGGAUGUCCCCGCAUGUUGCCCCAACACCAGCAGCAGCAGCAGCAACAGCAACAGACGGUCUAGACUGCCGCGCUACCCUUGCCCCCCGCCACCCUCCCCGCGCGCGCGCCUCAUUAUUGCGUACAAUUAUAUGUUAAAUUAUUAUUAAACAUAUCUUAUAUUUAUAUAUUAUUAUCAUAUUCGUUUAUGGUUAUUAUUAUUAUUUUUGAUUAUUAUUAUUAUUAUUACCAAUUAUUAUUAUUUUUUUUUUUUUUUGUCGACGCGGGCGCAUCGUAUUAUAUUAUUGAGUCCAAAAUACGGAGACAACGAUUUAAAAUUUUUAUUUCGCGCAAACGAGCUGGUCGCGAGUACGCCCACACCUGCAGUUGUGUUGUAAUUGUAUCGAAGACCGAAAAAGAUUUUUAGAAGUAAAAUCCUACUUAAAAAACCGUUGCCCCGGCAUAUUAUUAUAUAAAAUGUUUUAUUUACUAUUAGACGUACGCUAGUCACUUUACUAUCAUGGAUAAUCAUAACUGCACUGUGUUAGACUUUAAGUUCAUUUUUUCUCCAAUAACUUAUUAUAUACUAUUAUUAUUAUUAUUAUUAUUAUUAUUUCCAUUAUUAUUUUGUUUAACGGGUACGUGUGCAGACGAAUGCAGUGCACAAUGUCACGCUGCAGCUGCGGUGAUAUUGCACUGCUAUAUUAUUAUUACGACGCGGUGACGUAUUAAUAUUAAAACGAUACAAUAAUGAUUAUAAUAUUAUUGUGCUGUUGUGAUAUCAUAUCGUGAAAAUCCCACGUCCCUCCCUUCGCCGUACCCGGUGGUGCCUAUAACUAUAUUAUAUUAUGUACAACAUAUUAUUUCGCUUUGGGUGCACGAACGCUAACUAUGACGAUAAAUCGCUCUUAUAUGUUAUUGUUACAUACACAUACGGCGGAACUUUAUUAUUACUUGUGCCUAUAUAUUAUUUUGUUCUCAUAUAUUAUACUUAUCACUGUAAUAUACAUUAUGUAUAUAUGUGGACUGCUCUGAUGUACCAUAUUAUAAUUAAGUCGCCAUAUACAGAUAUAUAAUGUUUAACUAGUCGUUCCCGUCGUUGUGUAUACAAUAUAUAUAUAUAUCUAUAUAAUGUCAUGUACGAUAAUAAUAUUAUGUCUCAUUUGUAUAUCAAUUAUUAUUGUCAUAUUUAUAAUUAUUAUUUUUUUUCUCAAUAUACAUCAUAUUUUUCUGUAUUAUUAUUUAACCAACAUUAUUAUAUAUUAUUUCGUCGAUCGACAGUGUCUAUAUAUUUUCAUUUAAUAAAACAAAAAAUGUGAUACAUAAACAUA